AUGUCGUUUCUAUCUCAGUCCAAAAGGCCCAAGUUUUUACUCGCUCUUCAAAUACAAGAGUUGGCCAAUAUACCCAAGAUCCAUGGUGCUUGUUAUGUAAAAUGGCACAUCAAAGAUAGUUCAUUAACGUCACAACAGCUCAAAGGUCGUACAUCAAAAGUUCAUAUCAAGGAUCAUAGAGCAACAUGGGACUAUAACUUUGAAACAUUAUUGAGGCUAGCAGUGAAUGGUAACAAAGUUUUACAAGAAAAAAUACUAGUUUUGACCGUUUACAUUGGAGUUCCUGAACAUCAUCACGCUCAUCAACAUGUUUCGAUUAAUGAUGAACUACAUCCUGAAAAUCACCUUCAGCAGUUAGAGCACCAAAUUGAAAAUUUCGAGCACCAACUUCCAAAAGUUGAAAAGAAAACUGUAUUGGGGAAAGUGGAAAUCAAUCUAGCUGAAUAUGUCAAUUAUGAAGAACCAACAUCAAAUAGAUAUUUACUUCAAAGGUCAAAAGUAAAUUGUAUCAUGACAGUUAAGAUAGGAAUGGAGUUGUUAAAAGGUGACAAAUCAGAAUUUAUUGCACCUUCGAUGAAAUCUUCAAACAUUUUCAAGGGUAUUGCAAAUGUAUUGAAUGAAUCUAUCCAUGAUAGUUCCACUAUGCAGAGUUCAACAGGUACAUCACAUCAUAGAACUGGAAGUGGUUCUCAAAUGAGCUCUAGUGAUAAAUUACAUAGGACAAUUGCAAUUACUUCUGAUCCUGUUGUUUCUAAGCUAUAUGAAAAAACCUUUGAAAUUUCAUGGGACCCAAGACCUGGUGAGUUAACAGCUGGUGAGUGCAUUGAUGAUAUUUUCAAUGGUGGUGAUGGUUGGGCUAAAAAUGAAGAUGGUGUUAACUUGAUAGACUUGGAUAUCAAAGCUAAUCGAACACAUCAUACAUUAUACCAAGUCAAUGACGCCAAUGGCGAUGCUGCUACAAAAUCUUUGCUAAAAGAAUCAGAAGUGAGGGAAGAUUUGAAAAGUUGGUAUAUUAGUCACAUUCUUCCAUAA